AUGAGGAUUUUCCUGGUUUGGACCCUUUUCCCAGGCAGCUGGGCGGUAACGGGCCCCGCACAGGUGACAGCAGAGCCAGGCGGCUCGCUGGCAGUGUCCUGCAGCUACGAGCUGGGCUACGAGCUCUACCCCAAGUACUGGUGCCGCCCAGGCUUCCUCUGGUUUUGCUUCACCAACAUCACCCAAACCAACGGCUCAGAGGUGAUGGUGACACAGGGCAGAGUGUCCAUCAGGGACAACCAUGCAUCACGCUCAUUUACGGUGACGCUGGGCGAUGUCACGCCGGGGGAUGCAGGCUGGCACUCCUGUGGGGUGAGACGGCACUUGUGGUUCAGCCUGUGGCACAGCACCAAGGUGAUGGUCUCCACAGCCGUUGCAACCACAACCGAGGGCAGCAACAUGAGCCCGCUGGCCACCAAAGCCCUGUGCCCCACAGGCUGUGAGGAGCCUCCAGUGCU